AUGAAGUUCCUCUCCCUCCUUGCUGCCGCCGGCCUGGUCGCCGCCCUUCCCACUGUUCCCGUUGAGGAGACUGCUUCUCAUCUCGAAGCUCGCCAGUCCACGACGCGCAAUGAUCUUGAGAAUGGCAGCUCCAACAACUGCCCGGGUGUUAUCUUCAUCUUUGCCCGUGCCUCGACCGAGCCGGGCAACAUGGGCAUCAGCGCCGGCCCGAACGUCGCCAACGGCCUAGCCGUACGCUACGGCUCCAACCUCUGGGUCCAGGGCGUCGGCGGUCCCUACACUGCCUCUCUGGCCGACAACUUCCUCCCCGCAGGCACCUCUCGCGCGGCCAUCGAGGAAGCCAAGCGCCUGUUCAACCUUGCCAGCACCAAGUGCCCGAACGCAGCGAUCGUCGCAGGCGGGUAUAGCCAGGGCACGGCGGUGAUGAGCAACGCGAUCAGCGAGCUGUCGUCGAGCGUGCGCGACAAGAUCAAGGGCGUUGUGCUGUUUGGUUACACCAAGAACUUGCAGAAUGGCGGGAAGAUCCCGAAUUAUCCGAAUGAUCGCCUCGAAGUGUACUGCAAUGUGUCGGAUGCGGUGUGCUGGGGCACGUUGUUCAUUACGCCGGCGCAUUUCUUGUAUACGAUCGAGUCGACUAUUAGUGCACCACAGUUUUUGAUUAGGAGGAUUGGACUCUGA